CCAAGUUCCACUCCCAAACCCCCUCGAUUCGUCCAUCCCUCGCACGCGCUGGCCGCCCGCCCCCCAUCUCCACUUCUCCUCGCCGCUCUCCUGAAUCCUUCGCCCGAAAGCCUCCGACCGCAGAACCUUAGCGUUGCCGUCCACCUCCAUGGAAUCGAAGCCUCACGCGCCGGCGUCUGGGCUGGCAACGCCGCGGUUCAGGCUGGGUAAACAGUCGUCGCUGGCGCCCGAGCGCGGCGGCGAGGGCGGUGGUGCGGGGUCGGCAGAUGGGUCGGCCGAGGCGAACGGCGUCAUGAGCUUCCAGCUCAUGUACCUGGCCCACGAGGGCAGCGCGGAGGGGAUCCGCGAGCUCCUCGACGGCGGCGUCGACCCCAAUUUCCGCGACUCCGACGGCCGCACGGCGCUGCACAUCGCCGCCUGCGAGGGCCACGCCGAGGUCGUCGAGCUGCUGCUUCAGAGCGGCGCGGAGGCCGCCGUGGAGGACCAGUGGGGCAGCACGCCUUUGGCGGAUGCAAUGCAUUAUCAGAAUCAUGAUGUGAUCAAGAUCUUUGAGAAGCAUGGCUCCAAGCAUAAGAUUGCUCCGAUGCAUGUGAACAAUGUUCGUGAAGUUCCUGAAUAUGAGAUUGACCCGGCUGAGCUUGAUUUCAGUAAUGGCAAUGAUUUAUCCAAGGGCACAUUUAGAAAAGCAACAUGGAGGGGCAUUCCGGUUGCUGUUAAGAAGCUGGACGAUGAUCUAAUUGCGGACGGCAGCAAAGUGCAGGCAUUCAGAGACGAGCUUGAUGUGCUGCAACUUAUACGUCAUCCAAAUGUUGUGCAAUUUUUGGGCGCUGUGACACAAAGCAAUCCAAUGAUGAUUGUCAUGGAAUUUAUGCGCAAGGGUGACUUGCGCACUCACUUGAGUAAGAAAGGAGCUCUGCCACCAUCAUAUGCUGUGAAGUUAGCUCUUGAUAUUGCAAGAGGAAUGAAUUACUUGCAUGAGCAUAAACCUCAGGCUAUCAUCCAUCGUGAUCUUGAACCUUCUAACAUAUUGAGGGAUGACACUGGACAUCUGAAGGUGGCAGAUUUUGAUCUAUGUAAGAUGCUAAAAUGGAGAAGAAAAGUUAGAGAAGAUAAAGCAGUCACUUCUCCAGGCAAUGCUUGUAAAUAUGUGGCUCCAGAAGUCCUGCGAAAUGAAGAGUAUGAUACCAAAGUGGAUGUCUUCUCAUUCGCUCUGAUACUUCAGGAGAUGAUUGAAGGAUGCCUUCCUUAUUAUGAUAAGAAAAAUGAUGAAAUUGAGAAGGCACAUAAUUCUAAAGAAAGGCCUCCUUUUCGAGCUCCUCCAAAGCAUUAUGCCCAUGGGUUAAGAGAGUUGAUUGAACAGUGCUGGAGCGAAAAUUCUGCAGACAGGCCUGAUUUUAGAGUAAUUAUCAACCGGCUGUCUGCUAUCCAAAAUGAGAUAGCUCACAGAAACCGUUGGAAGGCGAGACCUCUCAAGUGUUUCCUGAGCAUUGAAGGAAUGUGGAAGAAAGAUCGCAAUGAGGGCAGCACCACCCGUUCAUCACGCUCAUCGCGAUCCUAUUUUUAACCACCAGCACAAGCUAUUGAUUUCAAUCGCAAGAUCAUAUUGGUGAUUGCUAGAAAAUAUACUCAAAUGUAUAUCAUAUUUUCGUUUUCUAAAACUAUGAAAAAAGAUGGUUCUGCAACUGGUUGAUUCUCAGCUGAUCAUAGUUUUGAUUGUAUAUCAGGCAUGCCCCUUGGCCCCAACCCCUGCUUUGGCAUUCCCCUGGGUUGGGACAAUAUGGAUAAUGCCAACUUAAUUAUAUUUAUAUAAUAAUGUGUUUUGAUGU